AUGAUCGUUCUUCUGAGUAUUAUCAUCGGUUAUAUCAUCUACUUUCUCUUCCUCCACUUUCAACAGAUUAUCGAGUUGUGGCGGAUCAACAGAAAGUGCGCCACGAAUCUGAAGGUUUCAUUGUUCUACGCGAUCUCAGUCUUCUAUUAACACCUUUUCAGAUGGUCCGUGGCCCUCCAGCCCUUCCGCUGAUAGGUCCGCCCACUUAUUCAAAUGGCAUCCCUACGAUUUCACGUUUCAAAUGGAGCAAUGGGCUCAAAAGUAUUUGUUCGGAAGAGCAAAGUACGGAGAGAUUGCUGCUGAGAACGGGGAAAUCGACGGAAUCAUGCUCGUCUGGAUCGGACCGGUUCCGAUUGUUUUCUUAGGAACUUCCGAGUGCAUUCGGGUGAGCAUCGAGGCCCUGUUUCUCAGAAAACUCUUUGAUGUUUAGCCAGUCUUGGAAAGUAACACGAACAUUUCGAAGCCGAGUCAAUACGAUAAAAUGAGUGAAUGGAUCGGAACUGGACUUCUGACGAGCACCCACGAGAAGUGGUUCCACCGGAGAAAGAUGCUCACGCCCACUUUCCAUUUCAGCAUCAUUCAGGAUUAUUUUCCAAUUUUUGCGAGACACGCGGAGGUAAGUAAGAUCCCAUUGUUUUCCAUGGAAUUCGUUCUGCAGGUGCUCGUGGAUUCAGUUGAGAAGCACGUCGAUGGCGAUUACUUUGACGGGUUCCCUUACUUCAAACGAUGUACGCUCGAUAUUAUUUGUGGUAUGUCUUCAUUUCUCUCCAAUCCUUUAUCGUGGGAAUCUCAGAAACUGCAAUGGGAAUCCAAGUGAAUGCUCAAUUAGGCGAGAAUAACGACUAUGUGCACGCGGUGAAGCGGAUCUCGGAAGUCAUCUGGAAUCACAUGAAGUUCCCGUGGUUCUGGCUCAAGCCCAUCUGGUAUCUGUCUGGAUUGGGGUUCGAAUUCGACAGAAAUGUGAAGUUGACGAACGACUUCACGCGGAGAGUGAUUCAGGAGAGAAAGGAGCUGCUGAAUGAAGAGACGCACGAGAGCGGAGGAAGGAAACGGAAGGCGUUCCUGGACCUGCUGCUCACGAUUCAGCAAGAGACAGGGACACUGUCCGACGAAGACAUCCGGGAAGAAGUGGACACUUUCAUGUUCGAAGGACACGACACAACUGCCAGCGGCAUCGGAUUCACAGUCCUUUGGCUUGGCUUCUAUCCAGAGUGCCAACAGAAGCUGCACAAAGAACUCGAUGAAGUUUUUGGUGAGCACAGUCCAGAUCACAUUCAUUUUCCUACCUUCAGGGUUUGCCACUGAUCGUAGUCCGACUAUGGAGGACAUCAAAAAGUGCACGUAUUUAGAAAAGUGCAUAAAAGAAUCACUGCGAAUGUUUCCGUCGGUUCCUCUGAUUGCGCGACGCUUGUCAGAAGACGUGACUAUCGGUGAGUGAUGGCAUUUCGGAAAUAUAUCACCUGUGUGUGAGUAGUCAGAUGAAAUCAGAUAUUUCUGAACAGAAAAAGAAACGUCUCAGAGGUUGCAACAGGUGGUUUUGUGAUGUUUUUCAAGAGGGUAAACGGGUGAGAGAGUCAGAUAAUGGGGCGGUGAGGGUGAUGUCACACUACUUUCUGUCUGUCUAAUUUAAGAGAAACAUGCUUUCAGAUCACCCGAGUGGCCAGAAAAUAGUGCUGCCAGAAGGCCUCGCGGCGUGCGUCUCCCCGAUUGCGGCAGCCCGUGAUCCUCGUGCCUACCCGAAUCCGGACGUCUACAACCCCGACAACUUCGACAUCGACGCCAUCGCCGGAAGAGAUCCCUACGCCUUCAUUCCCUUUUCAGCUGGACCGCGCAAUUGCAUCGGCCAAAAGUUCGCGAUCCUCGAGGAGAAGACCGUCCUCUCGUGGUUCUUCCGGAAGUAUCAAGUGGAGAGUCUGCAGACGGAACGGAACCUGCGACCCGUGCCCGAAUUGAUUCUCAGACCGUUCGAUGGCAUCCGAAUCAAGAUAAAACGGAGAGAAAGCACAGACUUUGUUGUGUUAUAG